AUGGCUGCCCCUCCUCAAAGGCAGGAGAAAGUGGGAGAGAGGUUGGAGAAGACGGGCCUUGGGGGCCGCAGGGAGGACUUGGCUCUGACCCGGAGGGAGAGACCUGCAGCCAACCUCUGGGCUUCCAGUGGGGGAGGAGCCAACAUCCAAGCUGUCAUGACCAUAAGGUCACCCGACUGGCUUCAGCAGCCUUCUGGAGUGGACGAAGCCCCCGUCCACCAGCUGGACGCACAGCUGUCCUGGGACUCCAAGCCCCAGUUUUGGCAGGAUGCUCUAACUGAGCAGCUCUGGCAGCAUUUUGCUGGGACCCAUGAUACGUCCCUGGAGGAUUCAGGGCUGGGCCCAGCUGAGACGGUCCGCAGCUCCGCCUGCAUGGGAAGAUGGGAUUUGGGCCUGUUCAUGAAUUCCAUCCACGCUGCCAGGGCCUCCUUGAGGUUUUCUGGUUCUAAGCCCGACCCUGGUUCCAAGCUGAUUGCCGCAGUUCCUGUGGGCAGGAAAGCCAGGACUCAGGGCCACACUACUCGGGAGCUGAACAUGCUUUGGUUCUCAGCGCACCUGCACCCUCCUGCCCCCAAAGAUGCCCAAGAAGGGGACACAGGGCCAGCCACCAUGGCUGGCGGUGGCUCUCCCGCAUGGCCCAGCAGGGAGAGGGGACCCGAGGUGUACGCGUAUCCCCCCUUCCCCAUCACCACGGUGCUGUCCUCAGUGACCAGAGCUGAGGAGACUGGAUGCUGGGACCCUGAGGAUUUCAAAGACAUGUGGAAGAAGUGGAUGCCUUGCUCUGGCAAUCCCACAAAGUUGGCCGUCCCACACAGAAUGGAGAUGGAGGUGCUGUCACAUGGGGAGCCCAUGCGCACAGCCGUCAGCAGCCCCCCAAGGCAUGCGUUCACCUGCAGCUGGGGCAGCAUCAAGGUGUGGAGCCUGGUAUGCCAGGUGGUGGAGGACAGGUUUCUGGAGAGGUGCCUGCCUGUACAGACCUGGGGGACAUACCUUCACGCCUGCCUGCUGUCCUCAGACGGCGGGACCCCGCUGUCAGGCAGCCAUGGCCUGGCUGGCGUGAGCGUGUGGGGCCUGGCAGUGCCUUCCCUUUGUGUGAAAGAUGAGCUCCUCUGCUAGGGUCUCAGCUGCCAGGCCCUGGCCUCCAGCCCUGAGGACCACCCGGCCCUUGCCUACUUCACCGACCGCACCUUCAGGAUCCGGGAACUGCAGGACCGGAGCAUGGACCUGCCGGGCCACCUGAAUGGAGGCAGGGAAGUUGCUGUCAAAGACCGUACUGUCUGGGUGGGGGGUCUGGAUGCCUGCCUGCGGUGCUGGGACCUCAGGACCCCCAGGGAGCCCCAGGAACACCAGCUUGAGUCUCAGCUAGUGAGCCUGUCUCCCAGUCUCUGGGAGGACUGGGUGCUGGUGGGCAUAGCCAAUGGCCGGCAGUGGCUGCAGGGUGGGGUGUUAAGCCCAACAUCCUUGGUCUCCAGGCCUCGCCCCUCGCUCUCAGCUUAG